UGUAGUUUUGGAAGCUGUGGCUCGCGAGGAGAUGUUAGACCAACAAAGUAGGCCAACUGCAGUCCAACCGUCUAGUUAAUGAGACUAGCCUUGCUACACCUGGGAGAACAAAUUAGCUGAUAAUGGCGACGUGUGCCGACUCAGAUGUUCCUGUAACUUUAGAUGAGAGAGACUUUGUUGAAAGCCCCGAGGAAAAUUACAGUGUGACGAACGAAGAUUAUUGUAAAACCCCGCAGUCGUCCGAGGGAAAUCCGAAAACGCCACCCAACAGUCCUAUACGCGAGAUGGCUUGCAGUAGUGUUAGCGCAAACGUCACAACUCCUAAAGGUGCUAGGAGUAAAAUGCCAAUGGCUAGGAAACUCCUGACUCCAAACCCUGAUGGCGAAGAUCCAGAUGAUAUAAUCGAAGAGGCAGAGAUGUUACCCCAUAUAUAUAUUUCACAAAAGUCAUACUCCUUUGAGGAAAGAGUGGAACUUCACUGUGAUAAGAUUAUUGGCGCAUGUUCGGCUGAAGAUGCAGAUGAAGCCAUCAGCUAUUACAUUACAGACAAACUUGUUGACGCUCCAUUCUGGACAGCAGUGUGGAAAACGGCUCCUGAAGUUUUGCUCAUAACGCCCAACGGUGACAUUGGAGACUUGCCAUUCGUUGGCGUUCUUGUCCAGGUCAACUGCACCGGAUGUGAUGGAAAAACCCUGCCUCUUCGAGUUUCAGUGUCUAUUGCUGAACCAUAUUCUUCUAAUAUUGCCAACCUGCCCAGAGAACUUGUGGAAGAAAUAUUGAGGGAACAUGAUUAUACUGUGCCAAUCCUAGAUGUCUAUCCAAUUGAGGGCUUGGGCCCUGAUGAAGAUAAUAUUGCAGAGGCUCUGGAGCAUGCAAGGUUUUUCUACGAUUUUCUGUGGAGAGACUGGGAUGAUGAAGAGGACUGUGAUGAGUAUGCUGGAGUCAUUGAGAAACGCAUACAACUACACUAUGAAAUCCAGGAUGGAACAAUUCCAGGGCCAAUUAGCGAGCGCUACCGACGGACUCUGGAAGAGUACCGUAACAAGAGGAUGGAGCUCACCAAGUUCCAGUCCAGGAUCAGAGGGGACGCCUCACCCGGGGAGGCUGUGGAGUGCUGGAAGAAAUACUACGAGAUGUCUAUGCUCUGUGGCCUUGUGAAGUUCUGGGAAGAUCUGAGACUCAGAAGCCAUGGGCCAUUUUACCCUAGAAUCUACAAGCGCAGGAAAGGACAGAGACUGUCUGGAAAGGUGGUCACUCACAUAGUGGCGCAGAUGAUGACAACAGAUAUGAUAAAGAGCUUCUCGGAAGACACGCUGAUUCAGCAGCAUGAGACCCUGCCGGCGGCUCUGGAUGCCUGCUACUCUGGAGACAUAGUGGUGAUCUUCCCCGGAGACUACAAGGCUGCUGCCCUGGCGUCUCUCACUGAUGACAUCACCAUCAAAGGAUCUGGACAGCGAGGCAAGGUGGUAAUCUUCUCUCACCCGGCCCACGAUAACUUUGUGGCCUCCAAAGCGGCGCACGUGACGCUGCAGAACCUGACCCUGGUUCAGCGCGGCACCUGCGAUGGCAUCGUGGUGGUGGAAUCAGGCCGCAUGACGCUGGAGAAUUGUGUGCUCAGAUGUGAGGGCACAGGUGUGUGUGUGCUGACCGGGGCGUCACUCAUCAUGUCCAGCUGUGAGGUCACCGGUGCACAGGGAGCAGGAAUAGAACUCUACCCUGGAAGCUCGGCAGAGUUGAAUGGGAAUGAGAUCCACCACUGCAGCAACCAGUCUACCAAAGACAUCAAGAGUGCCCUGGGAGGCAUCAACAUGAAGGUCCUUCCUCAGCCCCAGCUCAAACUGUCCAACAAUCACAUCCAUGACAACCACGGUUAUGGGGUGACCAUCCUGGUACCAGACAACAGCCCCUGCAGCGGGACUCAGGAUGAGCUGGAGAGCACUGCUGCUGGUGACCAGAGCGAGACAGACCAGCUGUCCAAGGCCAUCCAGAAACUCAGUCUGGAGAUCCACACCAACAAGAUAGAGUCAAACAGCUUGGGAGAGGUGGGCCUGCUGCACAAGAUGUGGACAAAUGCUUAAGCUGGCAACUUGGCCCUAAAAUGUUUGGGGUAUGUUUAACAAUUGAAGAGUUCCCUGGUAAAAGAUAUGAAUAGCUGUAAGGAUAAUUUUGAUCAAACUACAUUUCUUUGUUCAGAAGGUUUUAAUACCUUGUUUUCAUU